AUGCUGCUGCUCUUGCCAUUCUUUCUUUCAAUUGAGAAUCCGUCCCGUUUUUCCAAGAACCGCAAGAAACGUGGCCACGUCAGCGCUGGCCACGGUCGUAUCGGAAAGCACCGCAAACAUCCCGGUGGUCGUGGUAAUGCUGGUGGUCAACAUCAUCACCGUAUCUUGAUGGACAAGUUUCACCCUGGUUACUUUGGUAAGGUCGGUAUGCGCCACUUCCACUUGCUCCAGAACCGCACGCACUGCCCCACGGUAAACGUGGAGCGUCUGUGGACGCUAGUGUCGGAAAAGACCAAGGAGCAGGCUGAGAAGGCCAAGGACGGCAAAGCCCCUGUUAUUGACGUGACCAAAGCUGGCUUUUUCAAGGUGCUUGGCAAGGGCCGUCUCCCCGAGGUGCCCGUGAUCGUGAAGGCCAAGUACUUUUCGGCCGAAGCGGAGAAAAAGAUCAAGGCAGCUGGUGGUGCUUGUCUCUUGACUGCUUAA